AUGAAGACAACAUUUACGAAGAUGCUGCUGUUCACGAUGACCUCGACGCAGACGAUGGCGGCGACGAUGGCGUCCUCGAGUGGUGCCCAAGGUGAGUGCGCACAUCCACAACAACAAUUGAUUACAGUCGUACAUCAACCCAAUGCUAAGUGCUAGCCUCUGCUCGAUACGUGAAUUCAAAUCGCGCAGAAUUUCGAAAGGGACAACUUUCGAAAGGUUAGAUGACCGUGCCCCCUGAGCUGGCUUUGAGCUUGUUCUGACGGACACGGUUAGCAACAGAUGCAGGUCCCCGCCGCGUUCCUCCCGCACAAGGCCACUCCAUCUCGAGGGCGCCCAAAGCGCGCACUGUUCUUGGUGAGGAUGACAGCGCGUUUGCAGUCCACCCCUCACCUUUCUCAUCUCACCCCACGGGCGCCAUCGUGAAGUCGACGCCAUCGUCGACCCGGUCGCAACAUCAUGUGCACUACCCUCAGCUGACCCCAUGGACAGUUGCAAGCUCACCUACUGUUGCGACCAGCCCUGCUCCUUCAUUGGACGGUGGUAAGCCCUUCGCCUAUGGCGGCAAACCUUUCCUCGCUCCGCCCUUGGGUCGUCCGUCACGGAGCCGCCGAACCCGCGCGUUGGACAACAUGACGCCAGAUGAAGACAAGGUGGCCGGCAUAUGGUGCAAGCACGAGUUUGCGCAAAGCAUCCGCCGCAGAUCUGGACUGUGGGUCAUAUCCCACUGAAGUCCGUUAACCGUUGGACCAAAUUGCUACAAAGCUUCCGAUCGCGUCCUUCACCGUCAAUGAUGUCAUCGUUGCCACGGUAAGUUACAUGUUUGCCCGGAGAUUCAGAAACACCUGCUGCAUCAUCAGUUCAUUCUAACAUGAAAGGGCCUCUGACAUUCCAUGCAACUUCUUGCUGGCUUUAGCUGCGGUGCGUGCUGGGCAAGUUGCUUUACACGGCGGACAAGUUCUCUGCGGAGGUCUACGGACCAGUCGUCUUCAAGAUCAUGGAUCACUGCUAUGAUGGUUCGUAUACCUCGAUUACAGGUGUGUCAUCGCAAUGUGUGUGGACUAGCGUCGCAGCUUGGGUUGGGCACAAAGAACUUCGUCGAUUGACGGAGGCCCGGCUGACGCCGCCGCUGAAGCGGCUUCGUUCGGAUUUGCCUAAUUUGUGCUCUUAG